AUGCACGGCCCGAAGCGGAUAUUCACCGGGAAAGGGUUGGCCCAAUGGUUUUGGACCAUUAUUGUGUCGACGUCGCUGGCAUUAUUGAUUUUGCAAAUCGUGCUCCUCCUUCAAAUGUAUUUCUCGAAGCCGACGCUAUCGCAGGUCUCAUUUAUAGUUAGCGAAGGUGGAAUGGAUUUCCCAGCGGUCACAAUAUGCAAUUUCAAUCCUGUCAAAAAGUCAUAUGUGAAACAAAUGAAUGCGAGCGGCGACUUGUCGGGCGAAAUUUUGGAAUAUCUCCUUCAAACCAAUAUGAACACCAUCAUCCUGAACGAGCUCAAUGAGCCGAAUCGAUUUUCAUUGCACGCAAAUGCCGACGAUUAUCGACAACGGCAUCCGGAGCUCAAAAUUCUCAAGUUUUUGAAGGAGUCCGGCUACGAAUGUCGAGAAAUGUUCAAAAUUUGCUAUUUUCGAGGCAGAAGGUUCAAUUGUUGCGAUUACAUGACGACGAGAAUAUUGUCGCUGGGCAAAUGUUUCGAGUUGGACCUGCAGACGAACACGCCCGAAUGGAUGAGGAAACAGACGGCGCCGGGGGUCGAAGCCGGCCUCCAAAAUGUUGUCGACGCGCAUCUCGAAGAGGAACUCACCGGCGACGAAGCGAACGUGACGAACGCGAUAUUUUCGACGACCUAUGAGAAUGGCUUUCGCUAUUUUGUGCACACGGCGAAUCGCAACGCCGAAUUGUCGUCGGAAGGCGUAAGCGUCUCGCCGUCGCGAACCGUUUAUUCGGCGAUCAAGACGACGAAGCACAAUCUUCUCAGCAAGCAUGAAUGGGGCAAUUGCACGAAUGAGUGGCCGGCGAAUUACACAACGCACAUACCGUACUCGGCGACUGCCUGUCAAUACAUUUGCCUCGCUCAAUAUUUUUUUGAGACAUGCGGAUGCGCGCCGUUCACGUAUAACAUUGAUGGAAAGCACAAAAUCUGCUCGCCGUUUGAGAUUGUGAGCUGCAUGGACGCGCAUAUGGUCAAAACUGGGACGAAUGAGACGAUCGUGGACUUGCCGGAUUGCUCGGAAUGCCAUAUGGAGUGCGACAGCAUCACCUACACGGCAUUCAACUACUAUGGCGAUGGAUUCAAUCGCGGCGCGUUGGAAUGGCUUCUGAAGCAGGAGACAAACUUGACGAUUCGACACAUCAAGCAAAAUUUCGCCGUCAUCAAUAUUUUCUUUCAAGAAAUGUUCUACACGUCGUAUUCGCAGGUUCAAGCCACUUCAAUCGUUGAAAUUCUCAGUGACAUUGGUGGCAAUAUGGGAAUGUUUCAUGGCAUGUCGGUCAUCACAAUCACCGAAAUCUCGUUGUAUUUGUCGAAAGUGGUUUGGAUUGCGGUUUCGAAGAAGCGAAGGGACUACAUGUUGAGGAAAAAGAAGAUUGAGAAGGAGAAAGAAGUGCAAAUCGAAGAGGUUGUAAAAGAAUACCAGGAGAAAAUGUCGAGAAGGAGCUCGCAGGAGAAUAUUCGUCGAUAUCGUGUGGCGCCGAUCGCCAGCGGAAUUCCGCCAACAUUUGUGUUUGGUGAUGAAAUGGGGACAAGUCGUUCGAAUUCGAGCCUUGAAUCAAUGUGCGAAGUUCGAUUGGACAUGGACGAAUUGCGGAAGAAGCUCAGCGAACCCGCGCGGACAGCAAUCGGAGAGAAUUUCGGAAACGAUUAG